AUGUCGGUUUUAAAUUAUGUAUUUAGUGAAGUUAUAAGUAUACAUGUAAUACCAAACUAGAUUAGAUUUUAAUUAGCUUGUCUUUGUCAUUUAAUUGACUCGAAAUGGCAACCAUAACACGACGAGGGCCUGCAAGAACGGAACUAGAAAGGAUGGACAGUCUAUUAAACAAUACGGAUAAUCCAAACCACGACUCAGAGAUCGCAAAGGAAGAUAUAUCGACCGUUAAAAGAAACACUGAAGAUAAACAUAACAGUGAUAAACGAGAAAAUGAGUAUACAGAAUUGAUGAAGAAGGAGGAGGAGUUCCAAAUGAUGAAAACGCCAUCAAUGGAAACAGUAACGCCCGAGCGGGCCAGAUCAGCCGAUUGUGAUGCCUGUAAAAUCACCAAGGAUAUAAACAUGUUUUUGUAUUGCCCGGUAUGUAAGCAGAAAUUGUGCAAUUCGUGCGUGGCUAUCCACAAUCGCCUUGGAGGCACGAGGAGCCACCAUAACUCGACUGAAAAAUGUUGGUCAGAAAGUGAGGUCCUUGUAAAAUCUGUUAUAGAUACGAUUAUGAAAGAGCAAAAGAAGAAUCUAGAUCAGUUAUCCUCAGAGUUAAUAGAAGAACUUGCCAUCCAGGUAUGUCACCUUUACGAUCAGGAUAAUUUAGAACUCCGGGCACCGGCCCUUGACGUUUUGGAACUUGCUACUGACACGGUCGCCGACAUGACUAGAUCCGGAAUAAAAUCGAUGACGAAGAGAGUUAGGCACGGUGCGAUAGAGUGGACACUGCGUGGACAUCGUGCAGAGGCUAUCGCAAAACUUUUCAAAAAUGAAAUAAACUGUCUGAUAAAAACUUAUGAUGUGGUCGUUACUCUAAAGCAAGGAUGUAAUGUUGUUGCGUGGCCUCUUCAACGCCCGAGAAGUAGCACUGGACCAAAUUCUAUGCUGACGGAGUCGGGCAGUAUGUUGGACUCUAGGGAUGGAACAAUAGAAAUGACAUUGCGAUCUAAUUUCGAGAAUUAUUAUGCUGUUGACUGUGAAAUUGAAGGAUUAAAAGAUGAAGUAGAAUCACUUCUAAGGGCUGAAAUACUAAGGCCGAAACAAGACGAAUUCAGGAUGAAACUUUAUACCAUGAUGAAAGAAAGUAGUGAUGACGUCAUAUGCCACGUUGAAAAGCUCGAAAACGUUUAUAAGCUCGUUAUACAAGGACAAGAGGCAACAACUGUUGAAAAUGUCAAACACGAGUUUCUGAGUUUGUUUUGUAAAGAGUGUUCAUCGUGUAACAAAGAGUCGUCACGACCUACGUAUCUAGACUGUAAGCACGUGCUAUGUCACGACUGCGUUAAACUAUCUGCUUGUUUAAAUGACGGUCUGAGUUGCCCUGUCUGUUCGGACAAUAACCGACAGAAGACACCAGUUUCAUCACUGCAACUUCAGUGUAUACAGGUCAUAGACAACCUGAUCGAUACGACAACAAAAAACAAUAGAUCUGUCGCCAUUGUUAGAAAACAGAGCUCAGUCAAGACUCCCCAGCUGUCUACAAAGAUACCGAAAUACUUAGUGAACAAAUGGAAGAAAAUGACAGGAGGAUUGUCUCGCCUAAAAAGUUUGAUUGAAAAUACUUACGGUUUUAAAGUAGCUGGGAUGGGUGAAAACAUGAAGAUAUAUGGCCAGCAGCAAGAGAUCCUCGACCUCGCAGUACAAAGCCUCGACAAACUGAACGAGAAAACACCGGAUACGGGAAUUUCGCAAAGACUAGCGGAGAAAUGCAUUGAAUGGAGACUAAGAGGAGAUCAUGCAAGAAUUGCCCAGUUCUUAUUUAACCAAGAGUUAUAUGAAUUGAAAAAGAAGUUUAAGACAGUUACAGUGCAGGCGUUUACGGAAUCAGAGCCCGCAAUCGUUGACGUGAAAUGUGGGUAUGGAGAAUUUCUAAAAGUCAAGUAUGAAAUGGAGGAAUUGGAAAAUGAUAUGAAGAAUCUAUACACAGACGAAUGUGUACAACCAAAGAAUUUUUAUCACAAUGUAAAGGUCAAAGAGUAUUUGCAAAAUAAACGUCGGGAUGAAAAAGUACAUUGUACAGUUGUUGAGAAAAACAAUAUGAAUGUAGUUAUUAUACGUGGGCGGAAAAAAGAGUUUGUAAAUGCUGCUAAAGAACAGUUAUUGAAGUGGUAAAGCAUUCGUACAAGAAAAUAUUUGAAAAUUUCCAUCUUUAUUUUCUCUAUGCAAGAAAAUCUCGGAACUGUGACAUGUCUGCUGUGCUGCCACAGAUCACGCGCUGGUAUUAUUCAUAAGGGAAUUUCAAGAAAUAUUUCAUUGCUUCAUUGAUAUUUUUUCAACUACAUAUUGCAAUGUUUGUUUCAGGUUUUCAUCAGUAUCACAAAUGCGACGUUAUUAAACAUUUAUAAUAUUAUUUUGACGUCUUACUGUCAAAAGUAUCCAUUAUCAGUUCAAGAAAAAAAAAGUUUUGCCUCGG